CCUGGCUUCCCCAGCAUCUCACGGCCGUGGCCAGGCUCUGCCACGGGGCAGGGGAUCUCGGGUUCUGCCAUCAAGACUUUAAAAAGGGUCCUCUCCUUGAAUGCACUCAGAGCAGCAGGAAGAGAGCUUGCUUAGCCCAGAGUUCCUUGGUCUCUGAAGAACCAACAUCUUGCUCUGCUGUGCCCGAGGCUCUCUUCAAAGGUGACUGGGAGAAAGAACUUCAGGGAAUCCAUGAUCGUGUGUUCUCUACAACUCUUUUACCAGAGUAUCCUAUACUCAAGGAGAAUUCCUGCCUUCUCUUUUAUGCACGCUAACACCAGAUUUGCCUCAGGGUCCCCACAGAGGGCACUCCUCUCUUUCAGGAAGGAAGACUGAGGAGAAGCAGGCUCCCCAGCGGCAUCUUCUCUCUCAGGUCUCCCGAUCAAGAGAAACCGUAAUACCCCUGACACAGAGACAAGUCAUCCCUAGAUGGACUUUGAGUUUGAUGCCAUGAUUGACUUUUUCCACCUCGGGGAGAGGAAAUCUGAAUCCACAUGAAAACAAUGGCAACAAGAAAAAGGUGUAAACUUUCCAGAACAAGCCCAGAGUUUGAAAAUGUGAUAAAGAGGUUAUUGUGUGUCCGAACUUUUCACACAAGAAUUGGAGGAGAUUUAACACCAGGAAUAAUAAACAGAGGAAGACCAGCUAAUGCAGAGCAGAUGGGCCUGCACAGCAAUGCUAACCAUUUCAACAUCUUCCCCCUGGACCUUUGGACUCAAGACGACUGAAUUCUGCUUUCUUUAGUUGAAAAUAAAGUUAACGCAAUUGGGGAAACCACAAAUAUAGCUGGCUUGAUUUCUGGGAUGGUUAGAGGACUCAAGUUUUUAAGAACCUACGAUGUGGCAGAACUUCAAAAGUCACUACUUAAGUCCUGA